GGCAGGAAUCAUGAUAGUCCAUUACAUCCAGGGCAGUGGUGCUCUUCGUCAGGCGGCCCAAUGUUAAGUUGUUACUUGUUAGUCCGGUCAACGUGCGUCUUCUUCACCUACAACCCGCAAACACCACCAAGUUGUUAGUCAUCGUUGCUGAAAGUGUGAAAUGGAAACUGAGCUCGACAGAGUUCAGGCUGAUUCAGCUGGAGAGGAUGAUGAGGGAGAGAGUGGCAGUGCUGAGUGUCUGCUACAAGAUAACUUCAUCCGGUCUCAUACAGGAGUCAGUAGUGUUGGAUGCGGUUCACCUAACUUAUCUGAGCAAACAGCUUCCACUACAGACCUUUUGUUGAGAGAUGCAAGUCAGGCAAGCCUAGUCAGUGACGCAGCUUCUGGAGCCAUGUGCGAACGUGCCAGCAAGAGCUCCGCAGCCUCCAUCGCUCUUUCUAGGAAGUCAUCAAGCCCUGCUCACUAUGGUCCUGCCCUCAUCAGGGAUAAUAAUCUUGAUAACAGUGCAGCAAAUUCACUUCAUUCAAGUUGCUCUGUCAUAUCAAACGACAGUUCAAAAGUUAUUUCAAUCACUGGGAUUGAAAGAACGGAAUCUGAUACUAUAGUUCUGGGUAAAUGUCCAGAAAGUGAAAUCUCAGCCAGUUUAGCAAUGCUACCACCGAUAAAAAAGCUAAAUGCUCCGCAAUCAAUGUCUGCUGCUUCUCAAUCCAGCCUUAACAAUUUGCUGGAAACGCUGAGCACAGCUUCAGAUAAAGUUGGCGUUCUUGAUGUGAACCUAGACGACCUUCAUCCGACGACUGCCACGCCUGAUAGUGAUAUGGAAGCUAUCCUCAGAAGCGGCCAUACACUUGACCCUCCACUUGACCCUCCACCAGGACUACAAGAAGCUGCAGACCGAAUACUCCAGACGUCAACUCAGAACCACUCAUCACUAAAAGAGACGCCGCCAGACAUGCCAGCAAAAUCAAAUGGAAAAAGUACAGGCAAUGGCAAGCAAAAUAGUGGGGAUUAUGCCACUAAAAGUGGCACGACACGCCGGGGCGAAGCAAAUGGAACUGACAGGUCUGGAGAAGGUGGUGUCAAGGAGACCAGCGUUGUGUUCAGCGAGCCUAACGGUCUGGACUCGUACGUCACUCUCACUGGCACCAUCAAGCGCGGCAAGAAGAAGGGCCAGAAUAUGGACGUCAAGGUACAAUUGUCGCGAGAACAGCUGGAGCAGCUGGAAGAAUCCCUGUCUGCUACAGCUGGAGGGGCCUUGACAGGAUCCGGUGCAGCUCCUGGUGGUGGAACGCAGCGCUGCUGCAGCUGCAGCAAGGGACCUCACGUGCUGCUGCUCUCACUCAUAGCCGCGCCUCUUGUCUUCCUUUGGGCUUCCCUUUAUUCUUUUUAUCUUGGUACCAUCACAUGGUACAGUUUGUUGGUGCGAGCCACAGAGGCGAUGUGCGUGCUACGGGUGCUGCUGUCACCCCUGCUGAUGCUGCUCUACCCAUUCCUUAUCGUGCUCCUCACACUGGGCCUAGGGCUCUACUCUGCAGUCGUGCAGGUGUCGUGGUGCUGGCGACGGUGGGUAAGCGCUGUGGGCGACCCAGAGAAGGGAUUCUACGGUUGGCUGUGCUCGCUGCUCAGCCUGGAGGACUGCGCCCCGUACGAGACAGUCGUGCUGAGCACCUUAGCCCCUGCUGCUCGUGACAGCGAGGCUGACACUGCACUCAGUGAUGAUCCUGUCAUGCAGCUGCAAGAUGCUUGUGCCAUCGAGAUUGAGGAAACUCCUUUCAAGGUGGCGGUUACUCAGCUGAGCGAGAGUCAAGCUGGCUCUGCAGCCGUGGGUUGAAUGGCAAAGACAUACGAGCUGAGAAGUUCCGUGUAUACAACAAUUCCGAUUUUGUCGAAGGAAAGGAUCAUUAGUUUUUCAACGGUAAAUUGCAAACUUAAAUAGUCAAGGAAUGAAAUCUCAAUAAUAUGUUCGUGAUGAACGCAUUUACUUGAUUUUCGUAUUGGAGCUAUUGAAUAUUUGUACGAGAUAAUCUACAUUCUACAUCAUCGGAUUUAUAUCUUUGUGAUUAUGGAAAGAAUUUCGGCGCAUUAACCAUUCUAUCUAUGGAGUAACUGUUUCACAACAGCCACAUUGACCAAUAUAUCCCGAUCUCUUCCUUAAAGACUAUAUUUUUAACCAGAAUUUUGUAUACCCACUUACUUUUUUGCUCACUUUUAUACUUUUAGAGCUAGAAGUCGUCCGAGAUUUCUUAUUGAUUUAUUUUCUGUGAUACUCAAGUAUAAUUCGUUAUAGAAUCUCUGUUUAUCAUCUUUCUUCAGUUUGAAACAUUAUUCUAUAGUUCCAUGUAAUAUUAAACAAUUUUAACGGAAGCGCUUAAGUUCGAAGCAUCAAGUGUUAAGUUACUUGCAUGCACGUUAAAAUUUAUUUAAGUUUUGUAUAAUAACAAUCAAUUACUACUUAAACAUAUUUUUAGUUUCACUCUGGGCAUUGUAACUAUUUGUUGUUGAACAAUUCGCUGCAAACUGUUCUGUUCCAUACAGUAAAAAUAAUGCCCGCGGUCAGGAGAGAGCUGCACGUUGUUUUGUGUCACCCGCAGGUCUGAGGGCUCAGCUAAAUUUUUGUGCGCAAUAUUGAAGGUCGCGUGACAUCCCCAAUACCUGAUUGGAAAUGUCAUAUUCUCUAUUCCGUAGUUAUGAAAGUUCGUUUUCCGAUUCGGUUCAUUCGUGGUUUUCACCUGCCAUCAUGCGCCUUUUAUUCGUCCGCACGUUUUUGACAACAGGCUUGAAUAUAUUUAUAACCUUGCCACCACACUCGGGGAAACUUCCAUGGUAGUCCCUAAUGUGCAAAUAUUAGAACAUUUUCAGUCAUAAAUUGCGCUUUAAUCCGUCGCUAUGAUAGGUAUGCAUUCCGCUAUGGUUGACAACUUCAAGGAUACUUACAUAUCCAUCAAUUUACUAUUAACCCCGCAACAGUUCGAACCUUUUUACAUUUCUCUGUAAUAAUUAGUCUAGAAUUUUGAGUCCUGCAAACUUCUAAUUUUUAGGUGAAGUUCAUUUUCUAGUAAUUUAAGUGUGACAUUUGUUCAAUGUAUUGAUAUUUAUUAUUUUAAAUGACUAAGAUUAUAUUUUUACUGCAUACAUGAUGUAAUUUCUAAAAAAUAACAUUUAUUUUCUGUUAACAAACAGCUGUUGAUAGCUCAUUGAAGUUCCGUCACACCAUUUUAAUCGCAGAAUUUAUGUAUCACUUAAUAUAUUUUCGUAAUUCUCCCUAAUUAAGGAGAAUUAAGUAAUGAUAAUUCACAUAGUUCCUAAUUCUCCGUGUCCCUACCAAUCCGAAGGACUUGGUGUCUUGAUCAGAAUAACAUUGAAAUCUAAAAACAUAUGGAGAUCCUCAUGAUAUCAUUUUCUCGUGAAUACCGUAUCCUUUAGCUCGUGUUUUGUUAGUUUCAUUACGGCAUCGUGGAACCUCAUCGUAUUGAAAGCCCUCUAUGAACUGAAAUGUCUUGUGUCUGUCUAAUGCAAUGUCUUCCGCUGUAAAAUAUAACCGGUCCCGCUACAAUGAAUCUUGCUAUUCGAGAGUGAGUCAACUACUAUCGAAAAGUUACUUUUCUCUUCACGCUAUUAGUUGAUCUAAGAUCAUCUGAUCAGAUUUAUCGACGUGAACGCAGCCUAAAUUUCUUGGUCUAACAAUAGUACUAUAGGUCUCAGCUUUAGCCGAAAAUUCCUGCCUCUACGAGUUAAGUCUUCCGGCUGACGAUGUCACUGUUUCACAGUAACCAACAUUCCAUGUAAAUUGACUUUUUAUUAGUUUUCUAUGAGAAUUUGUUUAAAUUUUGAUUUAAUUUUAGUGAAAUUCUUGUAUUUGAUUUGUAAUAUGUCGACCUAAGAUCUUGGAAUGUGCUGAGUUUAGUUCCAGUCCCAGUGUAUGCAAGUGGACCCUGUAAAUCCGAAUGAUCCUCUUUGUAACUAGAGUCGUAUUUUGGGAUGAAGUGUGCUUAUUUUGAGAUAUCGUUAUUUCGUUUAAUGAAAAAUUCAUCCAUUGUUGUACCAAUCAUCUUGUUCUUUAAUACUCUCUGUACUCAAAUUAUUUCUAGUCUUUUCAAGUCGUUAUUUUUAUGAGGUUAGGUUUAUCAAUGGAGCAAAUCUGCGUUCAGCAUUAGGCACGCUAAUUGCACCGUUUGAUCUCACUAAUAACACGUAAUAAAGAAGCUAUAUAAUUCAUGAGAUUAUCGUUGUGACAAACUGGUGAAUUUUAGUACGUUAGUGCAUCGGAAUAUCGAUGGUAUUUUACAAACCAAUGCUCGUGUACUUCUUACAUUGGUACAAAUUAUUCUGUUCACGGGCGCAAAUAAGAUUGGAUAAAUCUUAUCUUGGUAAAAUGCUUGAGGAAAGCCGAUUUGUGUUUCGAUGAGUUAUACCGGCAGCGAUCCUAGUAUCGACCAGUCGAAAUUUCUAUACUGGUCUGAAUGGUUAUUUUUUUCACCUGUGAGAUCUCAUACUCAGAACAUAUCAACUGUAGGUAAAUUGCCCUAAACUAUGCUUUGAUAAGGUAAGUAAUAUCAUUAUGGCUAAGGAUCUAUCUGGUUUGACAAGAUCGUUGCCACUCCAUAUCGUGGCGAAAUCGUGCACAAUUGCAGAGAUCAUUUGUUUUUAUUUUUAUAAGUUUAGCCAUGAAGUAAUACCACUAUACCAUCUCACCCAAGAUAGUUCGUCAUCAUGAGCUGGGUAAUUAAUGCUCAAAUCUUGCAUUAGGCGAUAAGAUCGCUUUUUUUUCUUUUUUUAGGAUUCUAUGCUAAGAAUCUCAGAAGCCAAGAUAUACUUUCAAGCUCUUUAUGAAACAAAUUAAUAUGUUAGCGUUAUUAAACAAUGAAGGUGCUCUAAUCAUAAGAAUCUAAAUUUACUUUUAACGGUUAGCAUAAGCAACGGAAAAUUUCAAACGUCGUCUUUUAUUCGUACUGAUGGUAAUUAAAAUGUUCAUCAGUACCGCUUAGAAGAAUUACGCCUGUAGAGAUGUAAUCGAGUUGACUUGAAAAUUGAAUUAUCCUUGUAAUUUGAUUAACAACCUGAAUCGGAGUGCUCGCGUUUGAGAAUCGAGGUUAACAUGUACGCUAUGUUUUCCCCAGAGUCUUAAUAAGAAAAAACAAUUUUAA